UUCCUGGAAUAUCCGAUAUAAACAUGUGAGAUCUCCUCUUCGUCCACUUUUUCAUUCCCUCUUUAGUUUGGCAACAAGUGGAAUAUCUAAUAUGUAAUCAAUUCAGAGGUUGAAAAGAGUUCCUUUUAGCUAAUCUCUCUCCUCAACUUUAUAAAAAGCCAUAUGGGCUCACAUGAUCUUCAACCAAACACCAACUCCUUCCUCUCUAUUACCAAUAUGAGCACAAGGGUAGCAGGGGAUGGGUUGGGAGAUGGCAGAGAGGAUUACACACAAGAUGGAACUGUAGAUCUCAAGGGUCACCCAAUCCUAAGAUCAAAAGGAGGAAAAUGGAAAGCAUGUUCUUUCAUUGUAGGAUAUGAGGUGUUUGAGAGAAUGGCAUACUAUGGAAUUGCAUCAAAUCUAGUGUUGUAUUUGACAAAGAAGCUCCAUGAAGGGACAGUUUCAUCUUCAAAUAAUGUGACCAACUGGGUUGGAACAGUGUGGAUGACACCCAUUAUAGGAGCUUACAUUGCUGAUGCCCAUCUUGGCAGAUACUGGACUUUUGUCAUCUCAUCAGGCAUUUACCUUGUGGGGAUGUGUCUCCUAACCCUAGCAGUCUCACUACCAGCAUUGAGGCCACCAUCAUGUGGGCUAGGAGUGAGAGAUCAAGAGAGUUGUAACAAGCAUGCCUCAUCCUUUCAAGUGGGUAUCUUCUAUUGUGCAUUAUACUUAAUUGCAGUUGGAGCUGGUGGAACCAAACCCAACAUCUCAACCAUGGGAGCAGACCAAUUUGAUUAUUUUGAGCCCAAAGAAAAAGUUCAAAAGCUAUCCUUCUUCAACUGGUGGAUGUUCAGUAUCUUCUUUGGAACCCUAUUAGCCAACACCUUCCUUGUGUACUUACAAGACAAUGUGGGUUGGUCCAUUGGCUAUGCCAUUCCCACAGUUGGGCUAGCAAUUUCAGUCUUGGUGUUCUUAGUAGGCACUCCCUUCUACAGGCACAAGGUCAUUUCAGGAAGUCCCUUCACUAGGAUGGCUAGGGUACUAGUGGCUGCCAUGAAAAAAAGGAAGUUACCUGUCCCAUAUGAUCCCAAAGAACUUCAUGAAUUGAGCCUGGAUGAGUAUGCUACAAUUGCCAAGGUUAGGAUUGAUCACACACCUUCAAUGAGAAACCUUGAUAAAGCAGCAGUAAGGAGCAGUUCUAGCAAUCCAUGGAUGCUGUGUACAGUGACACAAGUUGAAGAAACCAAACAGAUGAUCAGAAUGAUCCCUAUUUUGGUUGCUACAUUUAUACCAAGCACAAUGCUAGCUCAGGUGCAAACAUUGUUUAUCAAACAAGGAACCACCUUAGAUCGAAGCAUGGGGCCACAUUUCGAUAUCCCUCCGGCAUGUCUCACCGCAUUUGUAACGCUUUCGAUGUUGAUGAGCCUUAUAAUCUAUGACCAAUACUUUGUGCCAUUAGCUAGGAGAUACACAGGGAACCCUAGAGGGAUUACAUUGUUGCAGAGAAUGGGAAUUGGGCUUGUGAUGCAUGUAAUUAUAAUGGCCACAGCAUCACUAACUGAGAGGAAAAGAUUGGAUGUUGCAAGGGAUAAUAGCAUUUCAGCUAGUAGAGGUGAAACAAUCCCUCUUAGUAUCUUCAUACUACUCCCUCAAUUUGCUUUAAUGGGAGUAGCUGAUACCUUUGUUGAAGUAGCAAAGAUUGAAUUCUUCUAUGACCAAGCACCAGAAGGGAUGAAGAGCCUUGGAACUUCCUAUUACACAAGUAGUAUGGGAAUUGGAAACUUCCUUAAUAGUUUUCUUCUUCAAAGUGUAUGUGAUAUCACUAAGAAGAAUGGCAAGAAAGGAUGGAUAUCAGACAAUUUAAAUGAGUCUCAUUUAGACUAUUUCUAUGGGUUAUAUGCUGCAUUGAGCCUUCUCAACUUCCUUUUCUUUCUGAUUGUUACCAAAUUCUAUGUCUACAAUACUGAUUUCGGCGAAUCGGAGGUGUGUCCAGACAUGGCUAGAGCUCAAGAUGAAGAAGGUUUAAAAGGAUGCGAUUAGCUUAAUUAUCAAAUUUCUUGUAAUCUAUUCUGCUACAUAAAUGGAAUUUGGAAGCCUGCCCUCCGGCAUUUUUUUAU